AUGGAGGUACUCGAGGAGCUUCAGAUCUCGAUUUCGGAGGCGUACCAGUCCGCUUUUAUAAAAGCUCAACAGAAUCUCAAAUCCCAACUGGCUACUCAUACGGUAGAGUUGCAAGAGGCUAACGCCGCCGCGUCAAUUGCCAAUGAAGCCCGCCAAAAGGCUGAGCACCGAAUUAAAGACCUGGAGCGUGAGGUUUCAGCGCUUAGAACCGAGCUCUCUUUUCACGAUUAUAGUCCGGAGGAUCUAGAUCUGCAACGACUUGCUGACGUGCAAACCGAUUUCAAGCCAAAUCAUGUACUUGGGACGAAAUCCCACGACGUGGAUCGGGAAACUCUCGAGUCCAAGUAUACAGCCCUUUACGGUAAUAUGCAAACACUUGCAGAGAUUUGUAAAGACUUGAAGGUCGCAAACUUCAAGCACAGAAAACAUUUGUCACAGUUUCAAAGCUCGAUCAACAAGGAGGAGUUCACAGUCUUGAUCAAAGGCGCGCCAAUCACAUAUCAACGUGUACCACCGACAUCAAAUUUCGAAGGGAAGAGUUCUGCCUCAAGGAAAUCUCGAUCGACAUCUGCAAAUUUUAGAACUUCACCAAGCUCGCAAUUGGGACCUAUUGAAACUACAACUACCCCCAACUCUACCCAAAAUCGUUCCGGUUUAGUGACCAAGAAAACCAUUACAGCAGCACUAGACACCCAAUCUCCCCAAACUGGAACGGAAUCGGAAUCUUCAGGAUCACACUCAGAUGUUCUUUUUCCUCUACCUGACUUGAAAACUCAGAAAAGAAAGCGGGAUCCAGAACUUCCCCUUGGUCAGCCGACGGGAAGUGUUCCUGAGCGAUCACAGCGAGUGAAGAUUGAGCCACUGUCAUCGAGUCCCACACAACACUACCAAGCGUAUCUUCCAAGCACUCAGGACCUAGACGAUAUCGGGGACACAGUGCAAACCCCUACCAAGCGGCAGGCACACCGAGUGGUUCAUUGGGAGGACUCGGACUCUAUGAGUCAAGCUGAUCAUGCACCAGAUUCCUCCUGCCAAAGACCUCGUGUACUCCAGUCGAUUGAUGGCAAUGCAAAACGAUUAACCAGAUUUUCAGAUCAAAAUUCUGGAACGAAAGAAAGAUUGAAAGCUACAUCUAACUAUGCAGCUCGUACUUUUGCUGAAGAUGGAGAGAAGGAGAACUGCGCUACUCAUUCACAUCCCGUGAGGGAUACACCAGCUACCCAAUCAGGGUCAAAGAUAAAUCUCACUCUGCAAGACCUUCUAGAAGGACCAGCGCCUACCAGAUCUCCGCUGAAAUAUAUUCGUCAAUCGAGUGUUGUGCAACAUUCAAUGAAGGAUUCAUCAAGAAGCAUUCAUGGGGCUAUGGUGCCUGUGUCUCAAACAGAGCCGGAGGUGCCCCCGGGAGAUGGACUUUACAGGUCACUACCUCUCCAGCUUCAAACCCUCGAUCACUUCAAGAUUAAUUCCGAGAGGAAUCAAGGAAUUGACUACGCAUACAACGACGUUGUUCGCAAAAAAGACGACCGGAGGUGUCUGACUGGAUGCACACGCCCAGGAUGUUGUGGAGAUCGAUUCCGUGCAAUGGUUCGAUUCGGGGCUCCUGGAAGUCUACCUGGAAAUCAAGAGGAAGAAGAGCAGCGGAUUUUGGAAGAAUUCGUGGGAGAUGAACGGAGUUUACUGAAUGGGUUGAGUCCUCGAGAUCGGGCCAAUCUUCUUGUCGAAGCUCGGGCUAGAAUUUUGGCCAAUCAAUACGGGAGACAUCGACAUACUCAUCAGCGUGCCCGAACACCCCCUGGCUUCUGGCGGACAGAAAUGCCCUCUACUCAGGAGCAGGAAGCUGACCGCAGGGCUGCUCACAGACUCGAACGAGAGAAAGUAGAAGAGCGAUAUCGUGAGGCCAUGCGACCUGGGGGACUCUGGACCUUUGUAGAUGAGUGA